UCCACACCUCAAAUCCCAGAAGAGGCAACCCUGUGCUGUGAAUGUGUGUCACCGUGUACCUGCAGGGGUCAGAGCAGCCACUCGAGCCUCUCUCCACCUGAACAACAUCCACCUGUGUCCUCCGGGACCACACCCAGUCCUCGGCUCACGCCCCCCCAACUCAGAAAGCCCGAGGAAAAAGCACUCAUCGGAUUUCUGAUCUCCGCCAGCCGGCUUCAACAGAAUCACCACAGAUAUAUCCAGACGGAGUCAUCUCUGCACUCACACCUGACACACCUGAGCCACAGGAACAGACUUUUUCAAUGUUCUGACGUUUCUAUAAGAUCAGUCUGACGCUCCAGAACCCAGGACAGGAGCUUCUGAACUGGUUUAAACCUGCUCUGCUUUGGAUAUAAAGAAAUAUUAUCAGACUAAAGGAUUAAAAUGGGCUGCUUCACAUUCGUCAAAUUGAUGAUGGUCUUGUUCAACUUGCUUAUCUUUCUGGGAGGCCUGACCCUGCUGGCCAUGGGGAUCUGGGUGAGCGUUGACGGGGGCUCCUUUCUCAAUCUGCUGGGGCCGUUCUCCAACCAAGCCACGCAGUUCGUCAACGUGGGCUUUUUCUGCAUCGCCGUCGGGGCCGUGCUGGUGCUGCUGGGGCUCCUCGGCUGCUGCGGGGCCCACAAGGAGAGCAAGUGUCUGCUGCUCACGUUCUUCUCCGUCAUCCUCAUCAUCUUCAUCGCUGAGGUGGCAGCUGCAGUCGUGGCUCUGGCCUACUCUUCAUUCGCUGAGGGGAUCCUCAGAGCGUGGGCCACUCCGGCUCUACAGAAGGACUUUGGCAGCGAUCCGGUCGUCACCAAGAUCUGGAACACCACCAUGACAGAGCUGAAGUGCUGCGGCUUCACCAACUACUCCGACUUCGUGGGCUCUGAGUUCGAGAAGGAGAACGGAGGCGUUCUGCCGCCCAGCUGCUGCCGGACCAACAGCGCCCCCUGCAGCCCGGCUGAGGCCGAGCGCAGCAGUGUGAAGGGCUGUUUCGAACACAUCCUGGAGAACCUCAAGGAGCACGCCAACAUCGUGGGAGGCAUCGCAGCAGGAAUCGGAGUCUUAGAGAUCGCUGCCAUGAUCGUGACCAUGUACCUGUUCUGCCACCUGGACAGCAGAGUCAGCUGAGACGGAUCGACAGGAACGACCUGACUCACAUUAUCACAUUUAUAAUCUGCAUUAUCCCUUUACUUCCUUCUUUCUGUGGUUCUGAUCUUUUCAGGGACGAUGUCUCGCUCCACUAUAAACUGAGUGUGAUGACUGUAUUUUAUAUAUAUAGUAAAUGUUUUAUAAGCUCCGGCAGAUUGUAAAUGUUUCAUACUCGCCAAU